AAAAUAAAAACAUAAAUUUUGAAUCGAAUGUUUAAAAGCUGUAAUUAGUUACUAAAUGUUGAUUUUCUGAAUAAGAUGGUAUUAUAUCAUCCCACAAGAUGCAAAACGUCGUGUGGAAUGCUUGAAUAUCGUGUAUAGUGCCGAACAUAAUUCUUUGUUUGGGGCUUUAUAGCUCUAACGCCCCAUAUAUGUUGGUCGCUGUCAAACUCCAUAUGAUGGUAUAGGGUUGUCAGGAGGCUGGUAACAACACCGUGGGUGGAACUAAGUCAGCUGACUUGGACCAAAACAUAAACGUAACAAAAAUAGGAUAUUUGAAAAUGGCGAUGAUUCCACCUGUUACAAGAAUUUCACCCAGAUUAAUUCGUAUUCUUGGGUGCAAUCCAGGACCGAUGACCCUUCAAGGGACAAACACGUAUCUAAUAGGAACUGGUCAAAGGCGGAUUCUUCUUGACACAGGCGAGCCAAGUGUUCCAGAAUUCAUAGGAAACGUGAAACAAACCCUGCGUGAUGAAAGAAUCGUUAUUAACGAUAUUAUUGUUUCCCAUUGGCAUCAUGAUCAUAUUGGGGGGGUGGAAGAUGUUUUAAAUGUUCUUGAAAAUAAAGACUCAUGCAAGGUAUGGAAAUAUCCACGAACAGAUGCCCAGGAACCUGUGCUACUGAAUGCAAAUGUUUUAAAAAAUGGUCAAAAAUUCCAAAUAGAUGGAGCUACUUUAGAAGUCAUUCAUACGCCUGGACAUACAACAGAUCACAUCAUUUUAUUAUUACAUGAAGAAAACUCGAUAUUUAGUGGAGACUGCAUUCUUGGCGAAGGUACAUCUGUUUUUGAAGAUCUUCACGAUUAUAUGAAUAGCUUGAAAAUAAUUCAAAAACUCAAGCCAACGGUUAUCUAUCCUGGUCACGGUAACAUAAUACAGGAUCCAGCGGAACGCUUAACUCAUUACAUAAACCACCGUAAACAACGAGAAGUUCAAAUUAUGACCAUUUUGGAAAAACAGCCUUACGUAAAGUUCACUGAGAUGGACCUAGUCAGCGAAAUAUACAAAGAUACCCCGGAACACUUGUGGGCAGCUGCCGCCUUUAAUGUCAAUCAUCACUUGAGAAAACUGGCAAUUGAGAAAAGAAUCGUUCAGGAGGGAGAUUACUGGAAGUUAGGACAACGAUCAGCCUCAUUGUAAUUAUAUUAAUUUGAAGAGGAACAUAGGGUCGUCACUACCCAGCCAUUAAAGGUAACAAAUGAGUUUUUUGAAUACACAUAGAUAUAAAAGAUAAACGAAAA